AUCACCUUUUGCUGCUGUGACAGAUUACUCAGUUACAAGAAAUAACGUCAUACAGCUCUGUCUGGAGCUAACAACAAUUGUACAACAGGAUUGCACAGUAUAUGAAACAGAGAAUAAAAUUCUUCAUGUGUGUAAAACUCUCUCUGGCGUCUGUGAUCAUAUUAUCUCACUCUCUUCUGAUCCUCUGGUUUCCCAGUCUGCCCACCUUGAAGUGAUCCAGCUUACAAACAUCAAGCCAAGUGAAGGGCUGGGUAUGUACAUUAAAUCAACAUAUGAUGGUCUCCAUGUAAUUACUGGAACAACAGAAAAUUCACCUGCAGAUCGGUGCAAGAAAAUCCAUGCUGGAGAUGAAGUGAUUCAAGUUAACCACCAAACUGUGGUGGGGUGGCAGUUGAAAAAUUUGGUGAAUGCACUACGAGAGGAUCCGAGUGGUGUUAUCUUAACUUUGAAAAAGCGACCUCAGAGCAUGCUUACCUCAGCACCAGCUUUACUGAAAAAUAUGAGAUGGAAGCCCCUUGCUCUGCAGCCUCUUAUUCCUAGAAGCCCUACAAGCAGCGUGGCUACACCAUCCAGCACUAUCAGCACGCCUACGAAGAGAGACAGUUCUGCCCUGCAGGAUCUCUACAUACCCCCUCCACCAACAGAACCUUAUGUUCCCAGGGACGAAAAGGGAAAUCUUCCGUGUGAUGAUGUCGGCAGACACAUAGUGGGCAAGCCGGUUCACACAGGAUCUGAAUCUCCAAAUUCAUUUCUUGACCAAGAAUAUCGAAAGCGCUUUAAUGUGGUUGAAGAAGAUGCAGUUUUAUACUGCUAUGAAUAUGAGAAAGGAAGAACAAGCGGUCCUGGGAGGAGAGAGAGCACACCAACAUAUGGGAAACUAAGGCCUAUUUCUAUGCCAGUAGAAUAUAAUUGGGUGGGAGAUUAUGAGGACCCCAAUAAAAUAAAAAGAGAUAGUAGGAGAGAAAAUUCAUUACUUCGCUAUAUGAGCAAUGAGAAAAUAGGUCAAGAAGAAUACAUGUUUCAAAGGAAUAGCAAAAAGGAUACCGGGAAAAAAUCCAAAAAGAAGGGAGACAAGAGUAAUAGUCCAAGCCAUUACUCAUUGUUGCCUAGCUUACAAAUGGAUUCACUGAGACAAGAAGUUAUGGGCACACCUGGACCAGAAACAACUUUGUAUCACACAUUUCAACAAUCUUCUCUACAGCAGAAAAGCAAAAAGAAGAACAAAGCUCCUAUUCCUGGUAAAAGCAAAAGGCGGAUCUCAUGUAAGGAUCUUGGCCGAGGGGACUGUGAAGGCUGGCUUUGGAAAAAGAAAGAUGCUAAGAGCUAUUUCUCCCAGAAAUGGAAGAAAUAUUGGUUUGUUCUGAAAGAUACCUCUCUAUAUUGGUAUAUCAAUGAAGAGGAUGAAAAAGCAGAAGGAUUCAUCAGUCUACCUGAAUUUAAAAUCGAUAGGGCCAGUGAAUGCCGCAAGAAAUAUGCAUUCAAAGCCUGCCAUCCUAAGAUCAAAAGUUUUUAUUUUGCUGCUGAACACCUAGAUGAUAUGAACAGAUGGCUAAACAGAAUUAACAUGCUUGCUGCUGGCUAUGCAGAAAGGGAAAGGAUCAAACAAGAACAAGAUUACUGGAGUGAGAGUGAUAAGGAGGAAGCCGACACUCCAUCAACACCCAAGCAAGACAGCCCACCACCUCCAUAUGACACAUACCCACGUCCUCCUUCGAUGAGCUGCGCGAGCCCGUACGUGGAGCCAAAGCACAGCCGCCUCUCGUCCACGGAGACCUCCCAGUCGCAGUCAUCGCACGAGGAGUUUCGCCCAGAGGCAGCGGGGAGCGCCACCGACUCGCCGGUGCUUUGCGCGCGGCGCUCCUGGCAGGACCUCAUAGAGACACCGCUGACGAGCUCGGGACUCCACUACCUGCAGACGCUGCCGCUGGAGGACUCGGUGUUCUCUGAGACCGUUGUGGUGUCCCCCGAGCACCGGCGUCAAUCCACGCUGCCCACCCAGAAGUGCCACCUGCAAGACCAUUACGGCCCCUUCCCGCUCGUGGAGGGGGAGCGGAUGCAAGUGCUCAACGGAAACGGGGGUAAGCCCCGAAGUUUCACGCUGCCUCGGGAUAGCGGCUUCAACCACUGCUGUCAGAGCCUUUCCGUCGGCACCCCCGAUCACCACGAAGAGGCACCGCAGAAGGAAGUAGAGGAAGAGGAGGAGGAGGAGGAAGGCAAACCAGCAGAAGAAAACCAGGAAGACAAAAAACAUCCUCAGUUGCAAUACUAAGCUGGUGGCUGUCAGUGGAGCCAUGCUGUCAGAGGCACCUUCAGGCUAAUACACUGCGAGAGUUGAUAGCACCUCUCCAUGUCAGAUCGGAUCCACUUCCCUUGGCACUGAACCGAGUGGACUCAAAGCUUGAUAAACUUAUCAUUAGAGAAUUGGCACGAUGGAGACUCAACUUCAGCCUCUUGCAAGCGACCUAAUGGCCUCCGUUCGGAAAGUCAAUUCUUCUUGAAUAACUUCUUUGCUGUUUAUAAAAG